AUGGCGCGCUGGACUGUCGCUGGUCUGCAGCAAGGCGUCGAGCAUGCUGUCAAUGGCAUUAUUCUUGUCGCACGCAACCCGAGUAUUCGACAACACAAAUUCAUUCGCAUCUUUCUCUACCUCUCCAUUUUCUCGUUCCUUUUAUUCGGCAUUGUCCGACUUGUGAUUGCGCUUCCUGUACAAAUACUACGUCUUUUACUGUGGAUCGGUGGCGGACACGAUCGGCUCGGAGGAGCAGACGACGCCUUGGUCUCGGUCAAUCGUAACCUAGGCGAUCUUGUUUCCUCACUGCCGUUCCUGGUAUUACUGUUCAUGCGUUACCUGUAUCCGAAACCGCUCGAUGACCUAUUCAUGGAGUCCCUGCGCUAUAUGGAUUCACUGCAUCCCGAACGACCCGCUUACGCUUCAAACUUGUCAAAACGCCGUUAUCGCAAAGAAUACUGGACCAACAUGAAAGGAUACAUGAAGCGCUCGUGGAAGAAUUUGCGGCUCGGCAUUCUCAUCUUUUUGCUGUCACGGCUACCCAUCGUUGGACAAUUUGUAUUUCCUGCAGCAGGUGCCUAUGCUACCUUUCGAUCGUUGGGCCAAACCCAAGGAGCAGUUGUGGGUGUGUGCUUUUUAUUCUUGCCUCGUUCGGCUACCAUUGCUUUAAUCCGGGCGCUUAUUGGCAUGCGCGCAUUGAUGCGUGAGUUGCUGGAACCGUAUUUUGUCCGAAUGAGCAUGUCGCACAAGGAAAAACGGCGAUGGUUCAGUGGAAGAAAGGAUGUCUUGUUUGGCUUUUCGGCCAUUGCAUAUAUCUUGACAAGAAUCCCUGUGGUUGGAUUUGUUGGAUUCGGCGUCGCGCAGGCUGCGUCCGCCUACAUGCUCACUAUCGUCACAGACCCUCCUUCACCGAAUGGGUCCCCAAAGCAGCAAGCAUCUACAGAUAGCCUA